AUGGAGGUGCAGCCCGGCGGCGGCAGCGACCGCGCCGAGCUGGACGACGCCGCCGAGGGCGUCGUCUUUGUCGUCGAGGGCGAGGUCACCAUCUCCGUGGCAGGCGCAUCGCACACCCUUACCGAGGGCGGAUACGCCUUCCUCCCGCCGAAAUGCGGCUGGACGCUGCGCAACAACGGCGCCAGCACCGCGCGCUUCCACUGGAUUCGCAAGGCGUACGAGUAUGUCGACGGGCUGGAUGCGCCGGAUCCGCUGUUCUUGAAUGAGAAGGAGAUUGCGCCCUCGCCGAUGCCGGAUACGAACGGUGCCUGGGCCACUACCCGCUUUGUCGACCCGAGCGAUCUGCGUCACGAUAUGCAUGUUACCAUUGUCACCUUCGAGCCUGGCGGUGUCAUCCCCUUCGCCGAGACGCAUGUCAUGGAACACGGGCUGUAUGUGUUGGAGGGAAAGGCGGUCUACCGGCUGAAUCAGGACUGGGUGGAGGUCGAGGCUGGGGAUUUCAUGUGGCUGCGGGCGUUCUGUCCGCAGGCCUGUUAUGCGGGUGGCCCGGGCAAGUUCCGUUAUUUGCUGUACAAGGAUGUGAACCGCCACAUGAAGCUUUCGCGGGCGAAAAUAUAG